UUUGUGUUUGUGUUCUAUUUAUAUCUAAAAGAAGAUUGAUGUGGAGUAAUGGCUGAUGUUAAGGAAACUUCGUGUAGGCUUUGCAAUAAAUCUAUAACCGGUAAAAGUUUUGAAGUGAUAGACCACGUUAUUAGAGAUGUUCUAGAUGGUCUUUUGCUGAAAUUGAAAUUUGAUGGCAAGAGCAAAGAGGUUAUAUGUAACGUUUGCAGAAGAAAGCUAAAUGCGGCGUCAGAAUUUAAAUCAACAUGUCUGAAUACAGACAAUACAAUUGUACCUUAUGUGGAUAGCGACAAAAUGUUACAGCUCGACCUAAGAGAAGUGUACAUGCAGGAAAAGAAAAGUGAAUUAGUUUGCAGUCAGAAAAUAUGUCGAUUGUGUAUCCAGCCAGUAGAAAGUGAGUUUAGGUGCAUUGGUGAAGAGGAACUUGAAGCUAUCGAGAAAUUAGUUCCUGAAAUGAUUAUAAACAUCGUCAAAGAUCCCAUUGUAUGUAAGCCCUGCUUCGAUUCUCUGUGCACUCACAACAGUUUCCUAAAAGAUUGCUCAGAGGUAGAUGAAAAAAUUAAAAGUAUUUUGGAUUGUUCAGACACAGAAAGUCAAACAGAAACGUCUUCACUUAAUUUAUUUGUUAAGACGGAAGACUUGGACAAAAAAUUGGAUGUUAACGAGAUGGAAAUGUCCAUCAAAGCUGAAAGUGUCGACAUAAAAUCCGAAGAUGAGGAAUGGAGCGACACGCCAUUGCAGACCUCAGAUAUUGUACCAUUCGAGGAAAACGACUGUAAAGAUGGAGUAGACGAUGGAUGUAAACGUGAGAGUGGAUCAGAAGUGAAAACCAAGCAGAAGCGCAAAGUAUUGUACAAAUGUGAUAAAUGUAUUUACGAAACUGAACGUAAGAUCCGUUUUACGGCACACUGUGCGAGACAUGAGAACGGUUUGGAAGCGUAUAAAUGUGAAUCGUGUGAGUACGAAACUGAAAAUAAGAACUUACUUCGGAGACACCUAUUGAGGCACACACAGGUUCAAAUGUACAGGUGCAACGACUGUAAUUACGAAACUAAGUACAGCAAUUAUAUGAAACGACAUCAACUGAAACACAAAGAGCCCUUGCAGGUGAAAAUGUACAAAUGUAACGACUGCGAAUUUGAAACUAAAUACAGUUAUGUGAAAAUGUACAAAUGUAACGACUGCGAAUUUGAAACUAAAUACAGUUAUGUUAUCCAAUACCACCAACUGAAACAUAAAGAUCCUUCUCAAGUUCAGAUGUACAAGUGUAAGGACUGCGAUUACGAAACUAAAUGCAGAAGAGCUAGACGAUCCCACCAACUGAAACAUAAAGAUCCUUCACAGGUUCAAACCGACACGCCAUUGCAGACCUCAGAUAUUAUACCAUUCGAGGAAAACGAGUGUAAAGAUGGAGUAGACGAUGGAUGUAAACAUGAGAAUGGAUCAGAAGUGAAAACCAAGCAAAAGCACAAAGUAUUGUACAAAUGUGAUAAAUGUAUUUACGAAACUGAACGUAAGAUCCGUUUUACGGCACACUGUGCGAGACAUGAGAAUGGUUUGGAAGCGUAUAAAUGUGAAUCGUGUGAGUAUGAAACUGAAAAUAAGAAAUUACUUCGGAGACACCUGGUGAGACAUAAAGACCCUUCGAAGGUUCAAAUGUACAGGUGUAACGACUGCAAUUAUGAAACUAAGUACAGCAAUUAUAUGAAACGGCAUCAACUGAAACAUAAAGAGCCCUUGCAGGUGAAAAUGUACAAAUGUAACGACUGCGAAUUUGAAACUAAAUACAGUUAUGUUAUCCAAUACCACCAACUGAAACAUAAAGAUCCUUCUCAAGUUCAGAUGUACAAGUGUAAGGACUGCGAUUACGAAACUAAAUGCAGAAGAGCUAGACGAUCCCACCAACUGAAACAUAAAGAUCCUUCACAGGUUCAAACCGACACGCCAUUGCAGACCUCAGAUAUUAUACCAUUCGAGGAAAACGAGUGUAAAGAUGGAGUAGACGAUGGAUGUAAACGUGAGAGUGGAUCAGAAGUGAAAACCAAGCAGAAGCACAAAGUAUUGUACAAAUGUGAUAAAUGUAUUUACGAAACUGAACGUAAGAUCCGUUUUACGGCACACUGUGCGAGACAUGAGAAUGGUUUGGAAGCGUAUAAAUGUGAAUCGUGUGAGUAUGAAACUGAAAAUAAGAAAUUACUUCGGAGACACCUGGUGAGGCAUAAAGACCCUUCGAAGGUUCAAAUGUACAGGUGUAACGACUGCAAUUAUGAAACUAAGUACAGCAAUUAUAUGAAACGGCAUCAACUGAAACAUAAAGAGCCCUUGCAGGUGAAAAUCGAUAUGCCACUGCAGAGCUCCGAUAUUGGACCAUUCGAGGAAAGCGACUGUAAAGAUGCAGAAGAGAAUGGAUGUAAACACGAGAAUGGAUCAGAAAUGAAAACCAAGCAGAAGCACAAAGUACUGUACAAAUGUGAUAAAUGUAUUUACGAAACUGGAAGUAAGAUCCGUUUUACGGCACACUGUACGAGACACGAGAAAGAUUUGGAAGCGUAUAAAUGUGAAUCAUGUGAAUAUGAAACUGAAAAUAAGAAAUUACUUCAAAGGCACCUGGUGAGGCAUAGAGACCCUUCGAAGGUUCAAAUGUACAAAUGUAACGACUGCGAUUACGAAAGUAGAUACAAGGGUUGUAUCAAAAAACAUCAACUGAUACAUAAAGAUCCUUCCCAGGUUGAAAUGUACAAAUGUAAUGACUGCGAUUUCAAAAGUAAAUACAAGAGAAAUAUGAAACAGCACCAGAUGAAGCAUAAUUAA